UAUUGUUGUAACUUCACAGAUAUAAGGAUAAAGAAGCUGAGUUGUCAUGAAGUUAUUUGAAAGUAACAUUUAAGAGAGAUACCUGGUUUUUGUCUUCAAGGUUGCUAUGAGAUUUAGCAGUUCACGUGCACCCUAGUGGCAUCUUGCAGUGGAAGGAAAGUGGAUUUUUUCAGUUCUUAACCAUGUGCCAGGCCCUGUGCAACCAGUAUAUGGCAGAACUGGGAUAUGAACUCAGUGGAAUGAGACCGUGGAGCUUUUUCGUGCUAAGAUGCCAUUACGGAAACAUCGCUGUCGUUUCAAGAGCUAUGAGCAUUGUUUCACAGCAGCUGAAGCUGUGGAUUGGCUGCAUGAUCUGCUGAGGUGCAAUCAAAACUUUGGCCCCGAAGUGACUCGCAAACAAACGAUCCAGCUGCUAAAAAAAUUCCUCAAGAAUCACGUUAUUGAAGACAUUAAGGGAAAAUGGGGUCAGGAAGAUUUUGAAGACAAUCGUCACUUAUACAGAUUUCCUCCUUCUUCACCCCUGAAGCCAUAUCCAAAGAAGCUCCCAUACCAAAAGGAUGUUAUUAAAUUUCCAGAAUGGAAUGAUCCCCCACCAGGCACUUCACAAGAGAACAUCCCAGUGAGGCCAGUUGUGAUGAAUUCUGAGAUGUGGUACAAGCGUCACAGUAUUGCUAUUGGAGAGGUACCAGCUUGCCGUCUUGUUCACCGCAGACAACUAACAGAGGCCAAUGUGGAAGAGAUAUGGAAGUCUAUGACGUUAUCAUAUUUACAGAAGAUUCUUGGCCUGGAUUCCUUAGAAGAAGUUUUAGACAUCAAACUUGUCAAUUCAAAGUUCAUCAUCCAUAAUGUAUAUAGUGUUAGCAAGCAGGGAGUUGUUAUUCUUGAUGACAAGUCAAAAGAACUUCCUCAUUGGGUGCUGUCAGCUAUGAAGUGUUUGGCAAAUUGGCCCAACAGUUGUGAUUUGAAGCAGCCUAUGUACUUGGGAUUUGAAAAAGAUGUCUUUAAAACCAUAGCUGAUUACUAUGGUCACUUGAAAGAGCCUCUACUAACAUUUCAUCUUUUUGAUGCUUUUGUCAGUGUACUGGGUUUGUUACAGAAAGAGAAAGUAGCAGUUGAAGCAUUUCAGAUUUGCUGCCUUCUCCUACCUCCUGAAAAUAGGAGGAAGUUACAGCUAUUGAUGAGAAUGAUGGCAAGGAUUUGCUUAAACAAAGAGAUGCCACCCCUGUGUGAUGGCUUUGGCACCAGAACACUGAUGGUUCAGACAUUUUCCCAUUGCAUCUUGUGUUCCAAGGAUGAAGUGGACUUGGAUGAGUUAUUAGCUGCGAGAUUGGUAACAUUUCUGAUGGACAAUUGCCAGGAAAUUCUGAAAGUCCCUUUGGCCUUGCAGACCUCUAUAGAAGAGCGUGUGGCUCAUCUACGAAGAGUCCAGAUAAAAUAUCCAGGAGCCGAUAUGGAUAUCACUUUAUCUGCUCCAUCAUUUUGCCGUCAAAUUAGUCCAGAGGAAUUUGAAUAUCAAAGAUCAUACGGCUCUCAAGAACCUCUGGCAGCCUUGUUAGAGGAAGUUAUAACAGAUGCCAAACUCUCCUGCAAAGAGAAGAAGAAGAAACUGAAGCAGUUUCAGAAAUCCUAUCCUGAAGUCUACCAAGAACGAUUUCCUACACCAGAAAGUGAAGCACUUCUGUUUCCUGAAAAACCCAAACCUAAACCACAGCUGCUAAUGUGGGCACUAAAGAAGCCUUUCCAACCAUUUCAAAGAACUAGAAGUUUUCGAAUGUAAUAAUACUUCCAUAGCAACAGGAGCUAGAGACCACUGUUGUUGUUUUGAGUGAAUGGUGGUUAAGAUAAAGACUAUGGUGGUGGAAGAAAGAAAAGCAUAAAACAAAAACUACUGAAAUAUAUAUAAAGAUCGCCUUACUUUUUAAAAAAAUGCCGAACCAUUAGUAUUUUUGUAAAACUCAAUGCUAUUUUUAAAGUGUACAAAUCAGUUAAAAUUUAUGAGUCAAAUAUAUAGUGAUAAUGUUAACAUGUUUGUAAUUGUUACAAAAUUUAAGGGUAUUUUUUAUCUCUUUGUUCUCUUCUUCAUGGUGUUUAUUAAAUAAUUGUUUGUAUAGAUAUCCUAGUUACUGAUAUCUUUAUUAAAGCCUUAAGACUUAACUUUCAGUCUUAAAAAUAAUGUGUAUACUUGAAUAAGAAAGACACUGGGUAUUGUUACUGUGAUGCUUUUGACUUAGUAGCCAAUUGUGAUUUCUCCUGUAUAAAUUCCAGUUUUUAUUGUUGUACACAAUUUUUUUAAUGUCCUGUAUUGUGAUGGCCGUGUCCUUUUUUGCAGAUUUAUUGGAUGUUAUGACAGAUUUUGCUAAAGCUGGUGUUUUUAUAACAUAUAUAUUCAUUGAUAUUUAUCUAUAAAUGGAGUAGAUUUUCAUCUGCCUGCGACGGUAUAAUUUCAGUCUUAGCUAAAGGUGAAAGGUUGAGCUGGAUCAAUUCUUUGGUUACCCUUAGACCUGUGAUUCUAAGUCAAACAUAAAUGAGUUAAAUAAAAUGAGACUACUUCCUUUAUAAAUAUAUUUUCAUCCUUUUGAAAGUAAGUGAAAUGUAAAUAAAUACCAUUUAUUUUUUUUUUUAAAUGCCAUACCUCAUGUUUCUUUUUUGGCAUUUAUUUAGAUCAGUUAGAGAGCAUCCUCAAAUGCCUUUACUAGUGGUCUUACAUCAGUCAUUUAUUUCUGUGAGAAAGUAAAAAGUAAGAUUUGGGCUUUUGUACUGACUAUCCUUUAGGUGAGCACUUUGACAAUUUUUUAGUGUUGCUUUGCCCUUUUAUAAAAUCGUGGUUCACUUGGAUUAUGGAGCACCUGAAAGUCUUCCUCUGAGUACAAUUACCCAAAAAGCUGAGAGCGACACUCACUAGUUGGCUUAUAGUACUCCUUGGACUGAUUUUCCCUUGCACCUACGGUUUGCUCCUGUUCUCUUGUAGCAAAAUACCUCCUACGACUGAUGCAGAUUUUGCUUUUAAAAAUAUAUCAAAGUAUUCCUAUUCAUUUGGGUACUACCUUACAGUCCAACUAUGUAAUGUAAUGGGCAAUUUUUAGUGUUUGGGGAUUCAUUCUCAGACUUUGGCAUUCUGUUUAGGGCAAAGAAUAAUUCUUCUUUCUACUUUAUUUGAACUCCAAAGUAGAGUUUAUUUUUCAGAAUCUCUUUUCCUGUUGCUGUCUUUGGAAGUUUGUGUGGAUUUUUGCUCCUUUUUCUUUUUUUUGUUUUUAGACUACCUAAAGAAAAAAGUAUAACAUACUUAUGGAGAGAUCAUAAAACAUAAGCACCACCUAAAUGUGAAAUUGAAAAAUAGAUAAUAGCAAUUAUCCAAAGUGGUUGUGCCAAUUAAUACUCCCAUUAACAGUGUAUAUGAAUUCCUUUUGUUUAAUAUCCUCAUCAAAAUUUGCUGUCAGAGUUUGAAAUGUUGUCAGUGUGGUAUUAAUAGUGCCUAAUUAUGGUUUUAUUUUACAUUUUCAUGAUUACUGAUAUGGCUAAACAUUUUUUCCAUUUUUUUUUUUACUUUUUCAUCUUUGUACAUAUUUUAAUAUCAGAUUGUCAAGCCUAUACAUACACAAAGACACACACACCCCUUGUUUAAUUUUCUUAAAAUUUUGAAUGUAUUUAAUCUAUUGAUCACUUUGGAGAGAAUUGCUAUCUGCAAUAUUAGGUCUUCUAGUCCAUGAACAUGGUUUGCCCAUUCAUUUAUUUGAAAUAAGUGAGAAAAAAAGUUGUUUUUUCUGUUAAGAUUUGAAAAUCUUUUGUUAGAUUUACUCCCAAGUAUUUGCUACUUUAAAAAAAUGUUAGUAUCAAAAGUUUCAGAGGAUAGUACCCAUCUCUUGCUUCAACAGUUAUUGAGCUGAUCAGUGCUGAUGUUCAAUUCUUUUAUAAAUGAUGAUAUUGUAAAAUUUCCUUGUACUCUUUGUUGCUUGUAUAUGAUAUAAAACUGAUUUUUGUUUCCUGA